GUGCGUGCACUCGUGAUAAAACUCUCAAGGCUUGUUGCUGCUGUUUCGGUUAAAGUGAUAUUUGACGUGUACACAAGCUCCCGCGACUAUCUCGCACUUUCAAAAUCACUCGCGGUCAGGGGAGUACAGUGGCAGGAAUUAUUUAAGUUACCGGGUGAUUGACCAGUAUUCCUCAUCAGUAAUGUCUGACGGGGGAGCAAAGAAGAGAUGGCAGAGACUGAUGCAGGGAGAUGGCGAUAUGUGGAAUAUUCUUCUAUGUGGAACAGCAGAAAUCAUGGGCUCUGCCCUUCUCAUAUUGCUCGCAUGUGGUGGAGUUAUUGGAACCACACGAGCCGGAGUACCUGGUCUCCUACAAAUGACACUCAACGUUGGACUCACUGUCAUGCUCAUCAUCCAGAUAUUCGGCCACAUCAGUGGUGCACAUAUCAACCCAACAAUUACCCUUGCAUCUCUGAUACUGGGAAAUAUAGGCCGGACUCAAGCUGCGGUUCAUAUUGUUGCACAAUAUAUUGGGACCAUAUUGGGCUACGGUUUACUGAGGCUGGCAACGCCGUCAGGAAUGAUGCGGGCCACGCCGCAAGAAAAGGAAGAAUUAUUUUGCACAACCAUCCUCGCCGAUAAGGUGUCACCAGCUCAAGGUGUGUUCAUGGAGUUCCUGGCGACAUUCAUUCUUGUGCUGGUAGCUGGAGCAGUCUGGGACCAGCGAAACCACAACAAUCGAGACUCGGUGCCCUUGAAGUUUGGUCUUACUGUCACGUGCUUGGCCAUUGUUUUUGGGCCCUACACUGGCUGCAGCAUGAAUCCAGCUAGGUCUUUUGCACCUGCAAUUUGGAAUGGUGUGUGGCAGGAGCAGUGGAUCUAUUGGUUGGGACCUUAUGCUGGAUCUCUUGCUGGAGGUUUCCUCUAUAAAUGUGUUUUUAAUGCUAGAGAAGUAAAAAAGUGCGACAUCCCAGAGGCCAUUGCACUGAAUCAUAUUGAUACAGACAAAUCACAAGAGAAUGUCUGAUCGGGGAAAGCAGCUCACCAAAUACUGUGGGUACCAAACAAUUUACUGUCCCAUCGCAGAAAUCUAGAUGUAGGCAUGUGCACGACACGGAUAUUCUGAAUACUCGUUGUAUUAUCGUGAGGUGUGGUUGUGCAUCCAGUGAUAGGGGUGAGCAACCCUUUCUGCAUAAACCCCAGGGAGAGUUUACCAAACUGUACUCUACUUUCAAAGACAUAUAAACGUUUGUAUGUGUCGUAACGCGUUUGUGUGUGCCAUGACUUAUAUGAGGGUGUCUCACUGUCGAGUUGAAAUGAAAAGGUAAAAUGGUUUUAACUGGGACUUCCAUUAUCCACCAUUGGAAACGAGAAACGCACCCUAUUUUUUGAAUGAAACAAGUGAAGACGAGUUCAUAGGAUAAUGGAUGCAAAUGUUUUUGUGCAUUGUGUACCUGGUUUUUAGUGAAGGAAACACUUGAAGAUGAGAGAACAUGUAGUUAAACAUAGAUCCAUGUUAUUUUAGUUUUGUUUGAGUGGCCAAUAUUUUCUAGGGGGAUAGAUUAAAUAUAAAUUAGUGAUAGAUUUUGCAAUGUCAAUUUUUCAAUUGUAGGGGUAAUUUUGAUCAUUUUUUCAUAUGACACAGAAUUUCAUUGGUGUAUAUACAACUGGGGAUUGUAAAUAAAUAAUCGUUGACCCAAGAA